AUGAGGCUCACCUACUUGGAUCUGGCGGCUGCCUUGCUGAUGGUUUUACCCCAAGCCGCCGCCCAUGUGGCUCUGCUGCGGCCUCGCGUCAUUAUGCCAGCCGUGCCAGCCGAGGACUUCUUCUAUCAGCCGCCGUCUGGCUUUGAGUCGCAGAUCCCAGGUACGGUCCUGCGCCAAAGAGCGGUCGUGGUGGCUUUCUUCGGCAAAGUCCCAAAUUCUGUACAGGCCUACCAGCUUCUUUAUCGGACAUCGUCCCUCAACGGCUCAGCCAUUGCCACCGUCACGACCAUCUUCAGGCCGCUCGCUGCCAAGUCGGAUGGUUUCGUUUCGUUUCAGACCGCCUACGAUAGCGCAACCAACAGAUGCGACCCGAGUUACACCUACCAGCUUGGUGCCAAGCAGGAGAGCAUGUAUACCGCCGCCGAGACGGUUCUCUUAGAGGACUACCUCUUAGCGGGCUAUAUCGUUGCGUCCCCAGACUACGCGGGUCCUGACGCCGCCUUCACCGCUGGUCGGGUUUCUGGGAUGGGAGUUCUGGACGGCAUUCGUGCUGUGCAGAACUUCCACAAAGCCCUUGCCCUCACAGCAAGCCCCAUGGUUAUAGGCGUCGGGUACUCGGGCGGUGCCCUCGCCACCGGCUGGGCGGCAGGGUUGCAACCAAAGUACGCGCCGGAGCUGGCUAUAAAGGGAUGGGCCGCUGGUGGCACGCCAGCUAAUCUGACGGGGACUCUGGUCCAAAUUGACAAUACCAGCUCCAGCGGGCUUAUCCCAGUCGCUCUCGCAGGCCUUGCCAAGCCCAGCGCUUAUCAGACUGCACUUCAGGGACUCUAUGACAAAAUCUUUACGGACAAAGGCCGCGAAGCUCUCGACUUCGCAAAUGAAAAUUGUGGACCCGCCGUCGUCAAAAAAUAUGGAAACAUCUCUGUUCUGAGCGCCGACUUUCAGACCCUAGGUCGUGGUCUCAUUUCCGAAGCAGAGUUUGCAGGGGUUGUUGACGACAACUUAAUGGGCCUCAAAAAGGUUGAAACGCCUAUAGCCCCAGUGUACCUGUAUCACUCUAUCGCGGACGAAAUCGUUCCAUACGCCGACGCUUCGACACUGAGCAACACGUGGUGCGCCAAUGGCGCAACUGUCAAGUUCACAACUUAUGCUUCUGGUGGCCAUGAGGCGACAGAGCAGAAUGGCUCCCAAGGUGCGUUGCAGUUUGUUGAGCAAGCAUUCAAUGGAACAGUGGUAUCUGGCUGCGAAUCUAUUACGGUCACGCCCAGCUCUUAG